AACCUAAAAUCAAGAAGUAAGAAUGUUGUAAAAUACUUUGCUAUUACAUCGUCAUAGGGAUUUAGCAGCGGGGUUUUGCCUUCUCCUAUCAACUACUGAUCAGAUUCAUCAAACCCAUAAAAACCCAGAGCUUCGUUUUUGAAAAUUUGCUUUGGCAUUUCAUUUUGAAUUUCAAUGGCUUCUCCGAACAAUAUGCCAUCGGCUGUCGACAAGGAACAGAUAUUUGGUAUGGCAGAAAAGGAGAUGGAAUAUCGAGUUGAAUUGUUCAACAAGCUUACACAAUCAUGUUUCAACAAAUGUGUUGAUAAGAGGUAUAAGGAAUCUGAGCUGAAUAUGGGUGAAAAUAGUUGUAUUGACCGCUGCGUCUCCAAGUACUGGCAUGUAACCAAUUUGAUCGGCCAGCUACUCGGGUCUGGUAGACCUCCAAUGUGAGCUGAUUCAUGAUUUGUAUAAUUGUCAGUGAGUUGGGAAUGAAGAACUUUUGGUUUAAGCAUUUUUGGUCUGAUUAGUUCUCCAUUUCAUGAAAUAAUUUAGUUUUUCUGUCCGAGAAAGCAUUGAUAAUGACACAUUCCUUGUCAAUUUUAUAGUUUUCAUUUCACCAUUAACUAUGAAUUUAAAUUUCUAGAAAAUAUUCGAUUGGGUCUCUAUACCCUUUCUUUUAUUAGUUCCUCAAGAUCCUACUGGCUAUGCUUUGCCUCUUGAAUAUCUUCCUUGCCAAUUCUUUGAUUUUAAUGGCUGAAGAGGAAUGUUAAAUAAAGUAUUGUAGACUUCUGUCUCAAAUUUAUUUUGCCAGUCCUUUUGUUAAAAUUGUAGCAAUAUGGAUUCUUUUAUUCAUAUUAAACAAAAGUAAUUUGUACAGAUUUCACAAAGACAGUUUACAUGGAUUCAUUAGUUACAAAUUCACAUGAUAACUCGGAGUUUAGCCGGAAAUCUCAACGGAUUUCACAUCUGUUUUCUUUCCUUCCGCCUUCGGGACCGUCACAGUAAGAACUCCGUUUUCCAUUGAUGCCCUAAUUUCCUCCGUUUUCGCAUCCUCCGGCAUCCUAAAUCUCCUCUGAAACUUUCCACUGCUUCGUUCUAUCCGAUGCCAUUUCUCGUUCUUAUCCUCUUUUUCUACAUUUCGUUCGCCGCUAAUCUGAAUCACUUUUCCGUCUUCAAUCUCCACUUUCACUUCCUCUUUCUUCAGUCCAGGCAGAUCGGCUUUCAGAACAUGAGCCUCCGGCGUCUCCUUCCAAUCUACACGAGCGUUCACUAUAGCUGAAGUUUCUCGAGCGAUUUCGGGAAAGUGAGAUGAAAUUGAAGAAGGGAAGUGAAAAUCGAAUGGAUCUGAGAGGUCGAACGUGGCAAAUGGAUCGAAGACACUGCUCUGUCGGCCAUUGAAAAAGCUUGGAAUCAUCGACAUCUUCGUAGGUUUAGUUUGAACAACUUAAUCGGACUUGAAUUGGAGAAUUGAAAUCGAAACUUAGAAGCGCUUUGAUGGAAUUCAACAAUGAUCUUGGUAGAAUUAGUGGUUUGGAGUUUCUGA